GGCGAUCAGCUAACACAUGGAUUAUGCCCCAUUAAACAGCGAAUAAAUGCCACCGAAAAGAAAAGGACCUUUGCAACUUGUCCAGAAAGAAGUGGACGACGUCACAAAACAGGUUGACAGCCUGAUGAAAGAUGUGCAGAGUCAGGGUGGAUCCACUGAAGAGGCAUUUCGGAGAUGUCAAGAUCUGCAAAUGUUGGCAGAGAAGGCACUAAAGACGCUGAAGAAACUGACAAAGGCUGAUGAGCUGGCUCCAGUGGGAAACUAUGAUCAGAGGAAACAGGAAGAGGAGAGACGCCUGCAGAACAUCUUGGAGCGUCUGAACAUGCUGUCUCUGGAGCUUUCACCACCAGGACCGAGCACUGCUCCAGGUGGCGUUUCAAAGGAAGAUAGUGAGGAUGAUGAUGACGAAGACAGUGACGAUGAUGAAGACGACGAAGAUGAUGAUGGUGAUGAGGAUGAAGAUGAGAAGCAAGCUGUGAAACCUCCCUCUCAGUCAGACCCUCGCAUUUACACCGUCCUCAGUGAUUUCAAAGGAGAGCAGGAAGGAGAUCUGUCUGUUCAGAGGGGGGAGAUACUAAGGAUUAUCAGGAAGACAGCAGAUGGAUGGUGGCUGGCUCAGGACUCCAAAGGCAACAGAGGAGUGGUUCCAAAAACCUACCUGAAGAUUGGUUCUGGUGUUGAUGACGACGGUGAUGAAGAUGAUGAUGAAAAGGACGACGAUGAUGAUGAAAAUGAGGAGGAAUCAUCAGAGGAGGAGGAGGAGCAAGAUGGUGAAGAACUGACUGAUGAGCAAGACAAACAGAGUGGAGCUUUACAUUCUAACUGGUCUACUGUGAGAAAGGCUCUGACUGAGAUCGAUGCAACAGAUGUGCUCUCUGCCAUGGGGGCUAUACCUUCAGGAUUCAGACCAUCAACUCUCAAUAAACUUCUGGUGGAGGAAGGUGCAACAUACAAAGGAAGUCACCAUAUUCAGCCAGAGCUCAGCCAAUCACAGCUCUCCUUCAGAGACCUCUUCCUGGACCCAGACACUGGCAGGGUCCGUGCUCGGCAGGUCCAGACUUGUGUUUGUUUCACUCUGUGGAGCUGCAGGAGGAUUCCUACCCCUGGGGUUGGAGUUCAGGUCCUCAGCAGACACAUUCGCCUCUGUGCCUUUGAUGGAACUCAGGUGCUGAGUAACAUCCACACAGUGAGGGCAACCUACAACUCCAAGAGCCCCAAGACCUGGAGCUUCUCUCCAAGGAUGACAGGUAUCCUGCCCACCCUCUUAGACGGAGACUGUUUCCUACGCUGCAACUCUCUGUCUCCUGACCUCGGUAUCCUCUUUGAACUGGGAGUCACCUUUAUACGGAAUUCUACAGGUGAGAGAGGAGACCUGAGCUGCGGCUGGGCUUUCCUCAAACUGACCGAUGACACUGGAAAUCCACUCCCUAACAGGACCUAUGAGCUGCCAGUGAACGGCGGCACACCCUACGAGAAGGAUGUAGCAGUGGAGGCUUCAGUCACCAGAGAAUCUCCAGCUGGUGUUUUCCAGCAGAUGCUUCAGGCCAGGCGUCAGCCUAAACUGAUCGUAAAGUUGAAGUCAGCCAACAGCCGGACCAGAACGCAGCUCAGUCUCCUCCCAGACACUCUGCUGCACUGUUCGAACUGUGUCCAUCUGCUGGCUCUACACAGGCAGCUGCAAGCAGACACACUACUGAUGGACAGGCCUACCAUGCAGAAUGCAGAUCUGAUAUGCAGUCCUAUACUUUCUACCUUCCCGGUGCUGUUGGACCAACCAGACCUGCUGGAUGCCCUCAGGGGUGCCUGGAUGGAUGCUGAGACCAAUAUGAGCAGAGCACAGAAGAGAGACUUGUCUUUUCUGAAACAGGAGUUUGUUAAAGUCUACAUAUCGUCCGUCUAUUUCCUCCUCCACUCGCCCUCGCUUCCCUGUUAUCGCUGGGCGGACCCUCCCUCAGAGGAGCAGCGGGCCAGAGUCAUCUAUGCCACCCUGGAGUCUCUCAAACACACACAGCACACGACCGGCCAAUCAGGAAGUCCACAGGUCUUUCUCGACCCCAUGCACCCUCAUCUCGCCUUUGAUGUCACAGAGUUGACCUUUGACCUCCUCUGUGUAGCGCGGUGACGAUUACAUCACAUCGCUCAGAGGGAGAGUACAAUUUGAUUGGAGUUGAUUAAAUUUUUAUGGAUAAAUUUAAAAUAAUCAUAUUCUAGACAUCCGUUUGGUCUGUUGAAAACAAUAAACCCCUUAUGUGUGCCAUAAAUACAUUUUUGGAACAUUUUAAAAAUAUAUGUAUAAUAUACAGUACAUACACAGAGACAUCUUUGUGUGCCUUGUGAUCACAUGAGACACGUGAUCAUAGCUGAUGAUCCUGUUAAUUGCCUGAAUAGGUGUGAAAUAAAGGUUGAGCAAAUUUAGACAAUGGUAACAUUAUCAACAAAGAUGCCUCUUAAAUCAAUGAGUUCACUUUUCUCCUCUUAAAGUAAACACAGGUUAAAGGAAUAAGGGAGGAACACUUACUGAGCACAGACUGAGACCAAAACAGAUUUCUGUAAAAACAGUGACGUUAUUUGCAUAUUUUGAUAACUGCUAUUUACUGCAAAAUUCUUCUAUUUUGUAAUAAACAUUCUAU